AUGUUGAGUGCGCGUGAGAACCUCACACACGGCAUGGCGUCCAAUGUCGAGAUUGUUAUCCCGGACUUCAUGGACUGUACGGGGCCAGAGCAUGCGGAUUGGCAACACUUUCGGAACAUGUUUGAAGAGAUGUCGGAAGUGACGUCUGCGCAGCAGGCAGAACCUGGGGGUGUCCCUUCCUUUCCCGGAUUCCAUCCAGCUUUGGCCCACGAAGCCGAGAGACUCAACUGGAAGUGGUUUGGCAUGUUGCACGACGGCCAGGAAGAUUAUCCUCCCGGGGCAGCCUCCUUCUAUCACAGCUGCCACUUUCACAACCGGUCCGAGUAUUGUCUCUACGGGCAUGCUGCAGUCCUCACCUACUUAGCCAAGUACACGGCGGAGAAGAGUCAGUCCCAGACUUUUGCAAGCCAUGCGAUGCGGCUCCUGCACUGGAGCCAUUGCCUCGAUUACAUCGAGUCCUCUACCUGGGCCUCUUGGGGGUUCUCAGUGCUGACAACUUGGGAUCUUGUCCAGAACUUUGGGUACCCACAGAUCUCCCUGCUUCACCAGUACCUCGACUGGGGCCCAGGGACUCUGGGAUCUUCCCUGAUGUCUGCACCAUCGGCAGCGGAGUCUUCCGGCUUCUGGAUCUUUGAGUUGGGAACUCACCGGGCGCUCUCCAACGAGCCCGCUUCGAUGCUGAAGCAGGUCCUUUGGAAGUAUGACGCCGUCUACGAGAACCCUGUCAAGCCAUAUGAAGGUCGCGCUGAGGCAUUCACGCAUCCAUUUCCAGAGUCUUGCAGCCCGAAUUGUCCCUACCAGCAGGAUGGUGUGCCAUACACCUUCCCUGUUUUCGAAGACAUGGAGGAGUCAAGACGAGGGUUUCACGAGUGGCUAAAAGGACACUACUUCCAUAAAGCCGAGAUACGAAAGGCGAGCCUUCUCAUGUGCACGAACCCCAUCUACUACUGCAACUUUUUUGCCGGUCUCCAGAAGACCGUCCUUGGCUAUUUUGGCCUUCCCUUGCUAUAUAUGGUGCCCAAAGACUCCUGGUCAAGCUGGAUCGAUGAGUUCAUCACAAUGGCUGCUUUGCCAACGAGCUUCUUCGUCUCCAACAACCGGCUACACUCCGAACAGGUGGCAUGGCAGAGCGGUGUCAGGCUACAUGUAAUACGGCCAGUGGUGGCCUACUUGAAAGAGCCGUACAACCCACAGAGGUGGGGUGACAUCCUGGUGCCGGAGCCAAGGGAGGCUUGUGUGCUACAUUGCCUCCUCCGAGCUUUCAAGCCUGCCAGCUAUCCCUUCAACUUUUGGUCCAAAGCUGAUACGGACCGAACUAUCAAGACGUUUAUGACCUUUCGCGCUGUAGCGCUUUUCCCUCACGACUUUGCCCUCAUGACGUUCUACGAAUUCUAUGCCAUGGGAGUUCCUUUGUUCAUGCCAUCCCAUCUGUCCAAGUAUCUCUUUCCGUUUUCAGCAUCGGUGCCGCUGCUGGAUUGGACACCUGCGCGAAUCGCCAAGCAAGCUGGCCGCCCACCCUAUUCUCCUCUCAGCCUAACGAGCUCAGCCGCACUUGAGUAUUGGUCGAGCUCCAUCGACUUCUUUGCGCUUCCUGGGAUUCAGCACUUCGACAGCAUCGCCAGCCUUCUCAGAAUGCUACCGUCAUCGGACUUUGAGUCCAUGAGCAGCCGCAUGAAAGAGAACCGUCGGGUGCGGGUUGAAAGCGGUGCCCCGUUCUGGUCGGCAGUGGCCGCAUCUGCAUUGCGAGAUGGAUUGCUGUAA